AUGAAGGGAGAUAAUGGAACAACCAAUGGGAUGAAGGGAGAUAAUGGAACAACCAAUGGGAUGAAGGGAGAUAAUGGGACAACCAAUGGGAUGAAGGGAGAUAAUGGAACAACCAAUGGGAUGAAGGGAGAUAAUGGAACAACCAAUGGGAUGAAGGGAGAUAAUGGAACAACCAAUGGGAUGAAGGGAGAUAAUGGAACAACCAAUGGGAUGAAGGGAGAUAAUGGGACAACCAAUGGAAAUAUACGAGCUCCAAUCAUGAUUUACAACGACAUGAUUUAUAAUGGCAUGAUUUACAAUGGCGUGAUUUACAAUGGCAUGAUUUACAAUAAAAUGAUCUACAAUGACACGAUUUACAACGACAUGAUUUACAACGACAUGAUUUACAAUGACAUGAUUUACAACGACAUGAUUUACAACGACAUGAUUUACAACGACAUGAUUUACAACGACAUGAUUUACAACGACAUGAUUUACAAUGCCAUGAUUUACAAUGACUUUCUUGCAGUCUUCCAAGGUACUUAUCAUGCUGACAAUUUCUGCAUCAUCAGCAACGAUUGUGAGGAAGGAGAGCAUCGCUUCUGGCAACGUGAUCCAAUCAAGAAGACAAUCAACACGACACUGUCAGAUCCUCGCUCACACCGAUACAUCAAAGUUCUCCAGAGCAGUGUCCUUGUCGAGUACUUUGAGCAGUCAUUGUGCUCGCUCAAGCCCGGGGCUCCUGUUAUCGUGAACACAGCUUCGUAUGAAGCUGGCUCAGCGACCCUCACCUGGACACCGCCUGUUGACGCCAAUGGAAUAAUCCUAAAUUAUAGAAUUACAUUAAAGAGUGAGGAAGGUUCUACUGGGACUGUGGUCGAUGGAACAGUACUGACGACUGUGUUUGAAGACUUGCAUCAGUGUGAGAGCUACAGCUUUAGUGUUGCAGCUAGAACUACAGUAGGUUAUGGACCGGAGUCUGAAGACAGCAGUGUUUCCAUCUCCGGAAACAUUACCCUGAAGGAGGCCAUCUGCAGUGUUGAAGAGAGUAAUGCUAAGAUGUGCUGGAGUGCCAACUACCCACAGUGCCAAGUGUCAUACUAUAACGUCACCUGGAAUGGCACUGUCAAGUGGUCCGACCAAUCAGUGACUGGCAGCGGUGUUUACCUCUGGGCGGGUGCAACUGAGAACUGCUACGUGGUGAAUGACUCUGUGCCAUUUACGGACUACACCUUGUGUGUCGAGGUGGAAGACCUCACGUCUGAGACCUUCUGCUGCUCCUCGGACACACCAGAGUCUGGAAAACUCCUGUUGAAUAGUAGGCUGUUGAACCUUGAGGUAAUACAGACAAGCAUCACCGUCAGCUGGAGUGAUCCCGUUGAUAAGAACGGCAUCAUUAACGGGUACUUGGUCACGUGGACCAGUAACAACGGUGACACAGGCAACCAAUCAGUGGGACUUAGCACCAGUUCAUAUGAGAUCCCAGACCUUGUGGCCUGUGAGACCUACAGUGUGACCGUCCAGGCCAGCACGAGUGCAGGUUGGGGAGAUGAAGCUCCUCCAGAGAAUGCAACUAUUCCAAAUUACCUUCCAGAGUCUGGCCUGAACUGCGUCAACGGGGAGACGCGACAAGUUGAGGUCUCCUGGAGUCUUGUGUCUCCUGAGUGUUCCGUGUCAGAGUUCUUCCUGGCCUGGAACACAAGUGUUCUCUGGUCCAGCAGCUCAAGUUCCAACAGCACUCUGCUUGAUGGCGAUGUCUACAGCACCGUACUAGCAGACCUGCAGCCGUACACAGAGGUCUCUGCGUGCUUGAGCAUUCCAGACGAUGGUCGGGGUGGCGUGUGCUGCACCUGCAUCACUGGCGAGGAAGUUCCAGGACCUCCUGUACUGGAGAAGCUUGAGGUAAUACAGGCAAGCAUCACCGUCAGCUGGAGUGAUCCCGUUGAUAAGAACGGCGUCAUUAACGGGUACUUGGUCACGUGGACCAGUAACAGCGGUGACACAGGCAACCAAUCAGUGGGAUCAGACAGCAAGACAUAUGUGAUCCCAGACCUUGUGGCCUGUGAGACCUACAGUGUGACCGUCCAGGCCAGCACGAGUGCAGGAUGGGGAGAUGGAGCUCCUCUAGAGAAUGCAACUAUUCCAAAUUACAUUCCAGAGUCAGGCAUGACCUGCACCAACGAGACCAGAAGAGUAGAGAUCUCCUGGCGUCUUGCGUCCCUUGAGUGUCCUGGCACAACCUUUUUCUUGGGCUGGGAGACAAAAGUUCUUUGGUCCACCAGCACAAGUUCCAACGGCACUCUGCUUGGUGGGGAUGUCACCAGUGCCGUAAUAUCAGACCUGCAGCCGUACACAGAGGUCACUGCGUGUCUAAGCAUUCCAGAUGACCCCCGCGGCAAAGUCUGUUGCACCUGCAUUACUGACGAAGAAGUUCCAGGACCUCCUGUACUGGAGGAGCUUGAGGUAAUACAGGCAAGCAUCACCGUCAGCUGGAGUGAACCCGUUGAUAAGAACGGCGUCAUUAACGGGUACUUGGUCACGUGGACCAGUAACAGCGGUGACACAGGCAACCAAUCAGUGGGAUCAGACAGCAAGACAUAUGUGAUCCCAGACCUUGUGGCCUGUGAGACCUACAGUGUGACCGUCCAGGCCAACACGAGUGCAGGAUGGGGAGAAGGAGCUCCUCCAGAGAAUAUAACUAUUGCAAAUUACAUUCCAGAGUCUGACCUUCAGUGUACCAACGAGACCCGACAAGUUGAGGUCUCCUGGAGUCUUGCGUCCGAAGAGUGUCCCGUGUCCGGACUCCUCCUGGCCUGGAACACCAGUGUUCUCUGGUCCAGCACCACAAGUUCCUACAGCACUCCGCUUGAUGGCUCAGUUACCAGUGCCACUCUAUCAGACCUGCAGCCAGAUACAGAGGUUUAUGCGUGUUUAAGCAUUCCAGAUGAUGUCCACAGUAAGAUGUGCUGUAACUGCGUCACUCCAGAAGAAGCUCCAGGACCUCCGGUACUGGAGAACCUUGUGAUAGACUUGACAAGCAUCACCGUCAGCUGGAGUGAGCCCGUUGAUAAGAACGGCAUCAUUGACGGGUACUUGGUCACGUGGACCAGUAACAACGGUGUCACAGGCAACCAAUUAGUGGGGUCAGAGAGCAGGACAUACGUGAUCCAAGACCUCGCUCCAUGUUACACCUACAGUGUGACCGUCCAGGCCCACACAGGUGCAGGAUGGGGAAUUCAAUCAUCUCCACAGAAUGCAGCUGUUCUAAAUUACCUUCCAGAAUCUAGUCUACACUGCGUCAACACGUCAGCCCGACAAGUUGACGUCUCGUGGAGUCUUGCGUCCCCUGACUGCUCUGUGUCACAGUUCCUCGUGGCCUGGGAACAAACAGUUCUCUGGAACAGCAACAAAAGUAGUUUCAGCAGCUCAGUGAUUGCUGGGGAUGCCGAAGGGGUUGUGCUGACUGAACUUUACCCAUACACGGAGGUGUAUACCGUUGUAAUGAUUAUGGAUGAGCAGGGAGUCAGCGUCAGUUGUACCACCACCACGGAUCAGGAUGUUCCAGGACCUCCUGAACUGGAGAACCUCGAGGUAAAGGAGACAAACAUCACCGUCAGCUGGAGUGAACCUGUUGAUAAGAACGGCAUCAUUGACGGGUACUUGGUCACGUGGACCAGUAACAGCAAUGACACAGAGAGCCAAGCAGUGGGACAAAGCACCAAUUCAUAUGAGAUCCCAGACCUUCAGCUAUGUGAGACCUACAGUGUGACCGUCCAGGCCAACACGAGUGCAGGAUGGGGAGAUGGAGCUCCUCCAGAGAUUGCAACUAUUCCAAAUUACAUUCCAGAGUCUGACCUUCAGUGCACCAACGAGACCCGACAAGUUGAGGUCUCCUGGAGUCUUGCGUCCGAAGAGUGUCCCGUGUCCGGACUCCUCCUGGCCUGGAACACCAGUGUUCUCUGGUCCAGCACCACAAGUUCCAACACCACAUCGCUGGAUGGGGAGGAGACCACUGUUGUACUCUCUGACCUGCUCCCAUACACCAUGGUUUUUGCAUGUUUAAGCAUUAAUAAUACUAAUGCUGAAACCUUAUGCUGCUCCACCAUCACGCCGCAGGAACCACCAGGGCCUCCCGUUAUCACCAAGAUAACAGCACUCGAAGGCUCCGCUACCGUAACUUGGACACCGCCAGAGGAAGCCAAUGGAGUUAUAGUGGAGUACACUAUAACCUGGAAGGGUCAAGACGGCAUUGUGAACACAAUUACAACUGACGGAAGUUUGCUAACAACUGUAGUAAAUGAUUUACAAAAAUGUGAAGCGUAUAACUUCACCGUCGCUGCCAAGACUGAAGCCGGAGUGGGUGAUCCGUCUGAUGAAAGCAGUGCUUUUGUCUAUGCGAACAGUACCUCGAGCAACGCAAAGUGCCAAACUGUGCAGAGUAAAGUGAAGCUGUGCUGGGAUACGGACCUUCCUAAGUGUCCCGCUUCAUACAGACUCACCUGGAAUGGCACAGUCAAAUGGUCCGACCAGCCAGACGUUGGCAGCGACACUUUCACUCUGGCUGCCAACUCUGAGAGGUGUUAUGUGCUAAACGACUCGGUGCCAUAUACGGACUACACCUUGUGUGUUAACGUGGAGAACCUCACGUCUGAACCCAGCUGCUGCUCCCAGGACACACCACAGUCUGUUCCGGGUGCCCCUGUGAUUGUAGACUUCACGACAAAACAUACUAAUGUGAGCCUGGAAUGGUCAGAGCCCGUUGACAAGAACGGUGUCCUGGACGGGUACAAGGUCACCUGGUCCACUGAGCACCUGGACGAGUAUGGCUUUAUAGAAGUAAAUUCCACGGUCUUCACUUAUGAGAUCCAGGACUUGCUUCCCUGCAACACGUACGGCGUCAGCGUCCAAGCUCACACAGCUGCCGGAUAUGGAGCGGAAUCUCCGUCAGAGAGUGCACCUAUUGAAAAUUUUAUACUGGAGUCCAGCCUCCACUGCACCAGCAAUCAGAACAGACAAGUUCCUCUCUCCUGGAGUCUUGAGUCCUCUGAGUGCUCCGUGCCCAAGUUCUUCCUCGCCUGGAACACAAGUGUUCUCUGGUCCAACACCACAAGCUUCAACACCACAACCUUGGGUACAGAGGCCACCAGCUUUACCUUAUCUGACCUGGAACCAUACACAAAGGUUGAUGCCUGCUUAAGUACACAGAAUGACCAGAAGAGUUCCAUCUGUUGCACAGCCACCACUGCACAGGAAGCUCCCAGCCCCCCACAAGCCCUGACGACCGGGAGAAGUACGAAGACCUCCAUCACGCUAAGCUGGUCUCCUCCACAAAGCCUCAAUGGAGAGUUGAAGAGCUGGGUCCUCAACUGGUCUCACGGAGACGCGUUCGAUACCCGUGAACUCGAUGAUCCCUCAUCCUUACAACACACAAUCGACAACUUGCAGCCUAAAACUACGUAUAUAAUCAACCUUCAGGCGGCGAACGACGCCGGAGUCAGCCUCCCGACGGAGGUGGAGGCCAGCACGGUGGGUAGCGUCGCCUCCGCUCACGUCGGGGCCAUAGUGGGAGGCAGUGUCGGAGGCUUGGUGCUCCUCCUGGUCAUCGCCGGAGGUGUUUACUUCUCCUCUAAGACGAGGAUGAGGCCAAGAAAGUCGGCCUCUGCACGAAGCACCAAGUCCAGUGACAUAGCCAUGAACCCUCAGGAUGACGACGAAGUUCAAGAUUUGUACAAGAACCAACAAAAGAGUUACAAACAACAGCGAUAUUGGUUGAAGAAUUGACGGGACGAGAGAGAAAAAACUACUGAAAUACAAAAACAAAAAAAUACAAAAUAUUCAGGGCAAUAUUACAGUCUUGUAUUUGUUACAAGAAUGGAGGAACAUCUUAAGAGGAACUCACAUUGAACCUAUGUAAUGUAUCCUUCACUUAGACUUGGAUAACAAUGAUAUGAGUCAACUGAAAUUAAUAAAUAGAUCACAGGUGUUAAAUGAAGAUAAUGCUAGAGUGAGCACAUAGGUAUUGUAGAGGAAGGUGAGCACACAGGUAUUGUAGAGGAAGGUAAGCACACAGGUAUUGUAGAGGAAGGUGGGAACACAGGUAUUGUAGAGGAAGGUGAGCACACAGGUAUUGUAGAGGAAGGUGAGCACACAGGUAUUGUAGAGGAAGGUGAGCACACAGGUAUUGUAGAGGAAGGUGGGAACACAGGUAUUGUAGAGGAAGGAGGAACACAUGUAUUGUAGAGGAAGGUGAGCACACAGGUAUUGUAGAGGAAGGAGGAACACAUGUAGUGUAGAGAAAGGUGAACACACACAGGUAUCGUUACCACACUCUUCUUACGAUAUCCACUCUUAGGGCCAUCAUUCGUCUUGCGAUAUCCAUCAUUUGAAGGAAAAUCUACAAUAUCACCGGCCCUGGAUACUGUACUAGUGAUCUUAGAAAAAAGUAUGUUAUUAAAAUCAUCCGAAAUCAUGAAAUAAUUUUUUUUGUGGUUUAAAUGCCAAAAAUAUAUAUGCUUCUGUGGUAUAUAAUUUUGCCACAUAUAUGCAAUAUAUUGAUGUUAUAUACAUGAUUGUAAACAUCUUGAAGUAGGAUUUGGUGUGGAUAUGUGAUAUUAUUAUUAUUAUUAUCAUUAUUAUUAUUAUUAUUAUUAUUAUUAUUAUUAUAUAGAGGCCUAGAUUAAGUUUUUAUUUAGCACAUACAGUGAUAGAAAAAUUAAGGAGCAAAUAGAUAUGUUUUUCUCCUUGAUUAUACACACUCACACAUCCAUACACUCACACACACAAACACACACACACACACACACACACACACACACACACACACACACACACACACACACACACACACACACACACACACACACACACACACACACACACACACACACACACACACACACACACACACACACACACACAUACUUCAUAGUAGUCGUUGGUUAUCACAAUAGGAAUCAAUCGUACUUAAAGAGGGGCAUGGGGGAGGGGUCGUACCCAACCACCUUAUGAAACUCUCCAUACAAUCACAAUUAACCAGGAAAAGUUCAGUGAGGCAACCGGCAACUGUCUGACCUCUGACCUCGAACAGACAGACAUUCUCUCUUAUGGGUGUAAUUAUAUGUUCUAUUGUAAAAAAAAUAUAUAUACAAUAUCCUUCGUGCUGUGAAAUAUAUGUCGAGUGUACGAGUUGUAAAAAAAAAUAGUAUAAUAAUUCAUUACCUCGAAAAUUUGUA